CUAAAUUCCCGGUACUUGGCUACCUAACAAGUGGCAUAUUAAGCUCAACAUGUGAUAUAUUUGCUAACAUCACUCUUUGUCCUCACUCUUAUCUCCUCAACCACAAUAAUCAACAAAAUAGGCACAUAAAUCAACAAAACCAAUAAUUAUAUUGUGUGGUGCAACUUUUUUUUCUCCUAAAACAACUCCGCUACACUACACAUCUCUAUUACCACAAAUCCAACCACUAUCACUAAAAAACUUUCUCAAAUAAAAACCCAAAACACUCUUCAAAUACAAAAAAAUAAUGGUAGCAACAACAGACAUUUGUGAUGCAAAUUCAAGCCUCCUUUCAACAGGAGAACUUAAGGUUUUACUACCACUCUUCAAACCUUAUGGCCGACGACGGGCCUUUAAUGGGCCCGUCGUAACGGUCAAGGUAUUCGAGGAUAACGUCUUGGUCCGGGCCUCGUUAGAGUCCAAGGCCCACCAAGGGAAGGUCUUGGUGGUGGAUGGUGGGGGAAGCAUAAGGUGUGCACUUUUGGGUGGGAAUUUGGGCCAAAUAGCCCAAGAUAAUGGUUGGGCUGGGAUUGUUGUGAAUGGUUGUGUUAGAGAUGUUGAUGAGAUAGAUGCUUGUGAUAUUGGGGUUUGGGCUUUAGGGACAAGCCCAGUUAAGUCUCAUAAAAAGGGUGUUGGAGAAAAGCAUGGUUCUGUUCAUUUUGCUGGAGCUGUGAUUAAUGAUGGUGAUUGGUUGUGGGCUGAUACUGAUGGUAUUUUGAUUUCCAAGCAUCAACUCUCUACCACUUCUUGAGAGGUUGUUCAUUGUUGUGAUCCUAGCUAGCGGCUACGUAAUGAGUUUAUGACUCAGUUGCAAUCGAUGUAUGGGAAAUCUUAUUGGAACCAUUUUGAUGUUUACUUGCAAUAAUAUGUGAAAUUAUUGGUUAGCAAUAUGAGUAUUGUAGGAUAGAGGCACAUUUUUUUUUUAUUAGUGGUGACUUUUUUUUUUUAA